UUCAGUAUUGCUAUGGAAUGUCUUUGUCGCAAAGCAUCCAAUGCACGCACACGAGUUGUUGCUUUAGAGGUGAAGAAUGCAGUCAAACAGACUGCAGUGACCAAAGCGAAAAAGAGGACAUGCAAAGAUGAUAUUCCUCCAGCUUCAAGUGACAAGAAUCCCACACAACUUAAAGCAUACAAACAGCUUGAGCACCAGAUUCAAUGUGAACUUCACCAUGGUCAUUGCUUUGUAGAUUGCACCAGCGGCUAUGAUAACCAUCGUCGUCUCGAUCAUGGCGAGAUGACUCUCUGGGCUAAAAAGAUUGUAAGUUUCAUGCCCAUG